UGUUACACGACCCUUGCGACUCAGUCGCGCUGUGAACAGACCAGUGAGCUGACAGCUCGCGGCGUGCGUGCGUGCGCCUCCGGAAUCCCAUAAGAAUCUUUAUUUCAGUCGCGCGGAUUGUGCCGAGGGAUUUCGUCUCGGUGGUGCGGGAAGCUACGGUUUAUCGCACCCCAAUUUGUUUGGCUUCUCUGACAGGACUUCAAGUAGCCUACUGUAUGAAAUGUUCGCGUACAUCACGCCCAAGUUUCCUGGGGAAUUUAACCAGAAAGAGGACGACCAAAUACGUAUAGUAGUAAGCUCGGCUGCUGUCUAGCCGUUACACUGCGAGCAAGGCUAAACUCACGAGUGAACCGCUGUUUCCCGUGUUUUUACGAACGCAUCCAAACAGACACCAACUCUAUAACGGAUAUCGAGGAAAGCAGAGACGUUGGACAGAGGUCCUGGCCACCACUGGAAGGAGACAAGUCAGGACUCCCCCCGCCACCUCAUCCCCCCUCCCCCUACACACACCUCUGCUUGGAUGUAAGCGCCCACUGACCUCCCACUGUUAAGAUGGGGUUGCUAUGGAAACUGCUGGUGCUCCAGUCAUUCAUCGUGGGUCUGGCAGAGAGUACCACCCAGCUCCGCCCUGUCUUCGUCAAGCAGCCUGGCAGCAUCGUUUUCCCCAUGCGCUCCGCCGAAACGAGUCGAGAAGUGACGUUCAGCUGUGAAGCCCAGGGAUACCCACCACCAUCUUACAGGUGGAAAUUAAAUGACACUUUCAUCGCGCCCCGGCUGGGCUCCCGGUACAGCUUCUCGGGAGGCAACCUCCGGAUCAGCCAUCUCAAUAAGGAGGAGGAUGUGGGAGUGUACCAGUGCCUGGCCUCCAACUCCUUUGGGACUAUCCUCAGCAGAGAAGCCAGUCUACAUAUUGCCUAUUUGGACAACUUCAAGACGCAGAAGAGGAGUCCCGUCCGCGUCCGCGAAGGACAAGGAGUGGUUCUGCUGUGCGGGCCCCCGGCCCAUAUGGGAGACUUGACCUUUUCCUGGAUAUUCAAUGCGUACCCGUCGUUUGUGAAGCAGGACACCCGGCGCUUCGUGUCCCAGAAGACGGGCAACCUGUACAUAGCCAAGGUGGAGCUCUCCGACGUGGGCAACUACACGUGCGUGGUGACCAACACGGUGACGAAGAGCAGCGUCCAGGGGCCCCCCACACCACUGGUGCUGCGCAGCGAUGGUAUUAUGGGUGAAUAUGAGCCUAAGAUAGAAGUGCAGUUUCCUGAAGUCAUCUCUGUGGCCAAGGGACAAACGGUGAAACUGGAGUGCUUUGCACUGGGAAACCCCGUCCCCACCAUCAGCUGGAGGAGGGGGGAGGGAGCCCUGUUCCCCAGGAAGGUGGACUUGAACAAGGCCAGCGGUGUGCUCGACAUCCCCUACUUCCAGCAGGAAGACGCCGGCAUCUACGAGUGCGUCGCCGAAAACGCCCGCGGCAAAAAUGCAGUGAAGGGGAAACUCACUUACUUUGCGCCGCCACACCUGACAGAGAAGCCUCAGGACCUGCAGAGGCCCAUCGACGAGUCUGUGGUGUGGGAGUGCAAGGCCAACGCCAAGCCCAAGGCCUCCUACAGGUGGCUGAAGAACGGGGAACCACUGGAACCGUUGGAGAGCAAAGUGCAGGUUGUCAACGGCGCCCUGACCAUCUCAUCCCUGACACCGUCAGACGCCGGGAUGUACCAGUGCGUGGCAGAGAACCGCCACGGCCGGGUUUACACCAACUCCGAGCUCAUGGUCAUCGCGGUAGCGCCAGAUUUCUCGGCGAACGCGGUGCGGAGCCAGACUCUGGCGCGGCAGGGAGGCGACGUGCUGAUCGAGUGCCGGCCGAGGAUGUCCCCCCGGGGGAUGAUCUCCUGGAGGAAGGGGAAGGAGGCCUUAAGGGAGAGCCACAGAGUCUCUGUGCUGGAUAAUGGAAGUCUGCGGAUAUCAAAUGUCACCAAAUUGGACGGCGGGCUCUACACGUGUGUGGCCAGGAACCAGUACGGCAUGGGAAGCAGCGCCGGGACCCUGGUGGUAAAAGAGCCUACUGUGAUCACCACCAGAGCAGCGCAGGUGGACGUGACGGUGGGCGAAAGCAUCGUCCUGCCCUGCCAGGUCUCCCACGACCCCUCACUAGACGUGAAGUUCACCUGGUUCUUCAACGAGCUCGUCAUCCAGUUUGGGAGCCAUGGUGGAUACUUUGAGAAAGUUGGUGGACAGUCUGCGGGAGACAUUAUGAUCCGUAACAUCCAACUGAGGCAUGCUGGGAAGUACACCUGUGCAGUCCAGACCAAAGUGGACAGCUCCUCCAUAGCCAGUGACGUGGUGGUCCGAGGGUCCCCCGGCCCACCAACGGACCUCCAGGUGGACGGGGUCACGGAGACCGCCUCCUCCAUCUCCUGGAGGGCUGGGCCUGACAACCACAGCCCCAUCCAGACCUACAUCAUCCAGGCCAGAACCUCCUUCUCUCUGGGCUGGCAGGCAGCCCACACAGUCCCAGAUCAACUGGGAAGUGGUCAGCUGUCCGCCACCGUCACUGAGCUGAACCCAUGGGUGGAGUACGAGUUCAGGGUUCUGGCGACCAACGCCAUCGGGACAGGAGAGCCCAGCAAGCCCUCAAAGAAAAUCAGGACCAAAGAUGCACUGCCAAGGGUGACUCCUACUAGAGUGAGUGGAGGAGGAGGAAGCCGGUCGGAGCUGGUCAUCACUUGGGAGCCUGUCCCAGAGGAGCUCCAGUGCGGUCCAGGCUUCGGCUACGUUGUGGCCUUCCGUCCUGACGGGGCGCAGGGCUGGAUGCAGGCGGCGGUCACCUCCCCCGACGCCUCCAAGUACUCCUUCAGGGACGACAGCAUCCCCCCCUUCACCCCCUACCACGUCAAAGUGGGCGUCUACAACAACCGGGGAGAGGGCCCCUUCGGCCCAGUGACCACCAUCUACUCCGCAGAGGAAGAGCCCUCUGAAGCGCCCCCUAGAGUGCGUGCGAAGAGCCUGUCUGCGGCGGAGGUGGAGGUGUCCUGGAAGCCCCUGCCCUGGAACACCACCAAGAGACGCAUCAUGGGCUACGAGCUCAGGUACUGGGAGCAGGCGGAGACCCAGGAGACGGCCAGCGUGGUUCGCACCGUGGGCAACAGGGCGUCGGCCAUCCUCCGCGAGCUGGACGGAAGCAGCACCUACCUCAUCCGCGUGAGGGCGUACAACAGCGCCGGUGUGGGCCCGGACAGCGCCGUCGUCAACAUCACCACCAAGAAGCCGCCCCCGAGCCAGCCUCCGACGAAGGUCGUGUGGAACACAUCAAACUCCAAGAUCAUCCUGCAGUGGGAUCACGUCAAAGCCCUGGAGAACGAGUCCGAAGUCAUGGGUUACAGAGUGAUGUACAAGCAGAACCGGCAGGCCCGGCCCAGCGUGGUGGAGACCAACGGCACGUCCCUGGAGCUGUCGCUGCCUGUGGACGAGGACUACGUGGUCCAGAUCAAGCCGGUCAGCGAGGGGGGGGAGGGCCGCAGCAGCAGACAGAUCACCAUCCCCAGAAUAGCAGGAGCUCAGGUGGUCGGGGCGGCGUGGAGGACGCCGGUCUGGCCGGCGUUGGUGACGCUGGCUCUCGCCCACACAUCAAGGACUUUGUUAUGACAAAAAGGGCUCCCGCAGGACUCACGGAGUCGUACGAGACGAGACGAGACGAAGUGAGACGUGGUGAGACGUGAGGUGAGACGAAGUGAGACGUGAGGUGCAGCGCAGCACAAGCACUCGGAGAAGCUGUACGAGGACAGCAGCGAUCCUCGUUAGUUUUUAAAAAGAGCCUCAUGAAGGAAACUGAAUUACGCCCCCCCUACCCCCCCCCCCUACCCCACCCCCAUUCCACUCGCUCCCCACCCUGCACCAUCCUCUCCUCCCCUGGAGAAAUGAUACACUGGGCCUUGAGUCUGCCCUGACCAAAGCUGCUUUAAAGACUGCUGAGUAAGAAAUGUGGCUUCUAUCUUUUUUUUCUUUCACAUUGAAACGAUUUUCCUGAACAAGGCAACUGAAUGUACACAAGCACAUACAGUACUGUGGAAGCCAACUCGUCCAUGUGGAGGCUCACUACUUCACUGUGAUGGGUGGAUUUUACACAUUUGUUUCCUUUUUUUUAAGAAGUUAACUGCAUUGAAGGGUAACUGCAGAGCAACAGAACUACUCGAUGGGAACGGGCCUCCGCUCCUCUGCUUGAGGUGGCCAAUUACUGCGACACAGAUGACAAGACAAAGGACUUCGGUGACUGAUCUACUGAGGUCAAACCUCUGGAUGAUGUAACAUUAGCGCAACUACAUCCUCUCUCUCUCUCUCUCUUUCUCUCUCGCUCUCUCUCUCCGUCGUGUGGAGUCUGUUAUGUGACCUCUGCCCUGUUUGUUUCCCUCCACUGAUCGUCCAGGCGAAAAAAUAUUUGUGCCGCUUCCUCUUUACGGCCUUCUCCACUCCUCCACUGGUCUCCUCUGGAGCUGUUGCAGUACACAUUAGGGCUGCUGUUUCCCGUUAAGCCCUUCCCCGCGGCUCACGGCUGUGCUACUAGGCUCUUUGGCUCCAGGCCUGGCCUCCUUGACCCCCCCCCACCCGGCUGUAAGUUGAAAGACAUCACUCCUGUGACAACUCCCCUUCCCCAACCCCUCGGCCAUGUUGUGGCACCAGCUUCCCCGUCAGCCCUGCAGGUCAUCAUGCUAAGUGCUAGCACUAGCACUUGCCCCUUCACUUCAACCACUAUGCUGGUCAUCAUGCUAAGUGCUAGUAUUAGCGCGUGCCCCUCACUUCAACCACUAUGUACAUUUGAUGAAAUCCUCAGGACCCCUAAAGAGCCUUAAGUGUAUUGCUAUUGAUCGUUAUCAUUUCGAUGACUGGUAUUGUUAAUAUUUUGGAAGACAUUCUUGGUAUUAUGAUCAUUGGGAUGAUUUAACACACUGCGUUGUUUUGUGUGUGGUUCCCACUCAUGUUCUCCAGGCUUCAAACCGGUCAGCAAACAGUGAACUGUGCGAGUUGGUUUUGCAAACGAACACUGCGCUUGGCAGUGACAGUGAUUCGUUUUUUUUAUUCGAUAUUGCUUACAUGUUAUUUUAAAAGUCCUUCGCUGUUGAGCAUGAGCUGGCUGUGAAACAUGGCUUGGAAAAAAAGAGAAUUUGAAUGAAUCAACUGACUUUUUACUGAAAAAAAUAAACAAAAUGUGAGUAAA